UCUGCGAUGCCAUCUUCCUAGUAGAUGUGAGAGCAGCUCUCUGGCACACCGAGAAAGCAACAAAAAAAACGCUUAGCAUUAAGCAACAUCUACCACGGAACACGAAGCGUUGUUGACCAUUGAACGAGGCAGGACUAGAAGAAGUAGCGGACCUUUGCUUUUUAACAAACUGCGCGUUGUUCAACAAGGUGCAACCCAGGAGUGGGAGCCAUCGAUUGCCAUCAGAGGCGGAUGGAAGGAAAGAACACACAAUUCUGGGCGAUUCUAAUGGUUUGACCUGCUGGGAUACUAAAAGAUACGUAGAUUUAUUUUUUUUAUGAGGGCAUGGAUGAACAUGAAUGAACGUUCCCGCGACCGCUGUUAACUGUGAAAACAGUUCCCCAAGAAUAUGAUUAUUGUGGGGCAUGUCUAUUGAUUUAUAGCGGCGCACUUGCUGUUCUCGAAGGAGCGCUGCACACCAUCCAAUUCCUUGGUGAUUUUCUAGGGAUAUUUGAGUGUGUUUUUUUUUAAGACGAAGGCAGAUGGAAACGCCAAGUAGUGAAAGGUGGAUGACACAAUAUGGCUGAGCCGCUGGGGCAGGGGGCGCUGGCAGACGCUCCCCGAAGCAUCUCGAUCGUAGUCGUUGUGGUUUGGCGAGUGAACCCCGGACACAUAGUUUAAUCAUCUUACAAUGCAAUGAAAAAUCGAUAAAUUCAUCCCCGGACUGCUCGAUGAUCAGCAUGGCCAAGAUGAACGUGAUCAUACCCUUCUCGGCAGAUGUGAUCUGUGACAGCAACAGCCAGCGCAUGUGGUGGGCUUUUCUCGCCUCGUCCAUGGUCACUUUCUUCGGGGGUCUCUUUAUAAUUCUUCUGUGGAGAACUAUCAAGUACCUGUGGACGGUGUGCUGCCACUGUAACGGCAAAAAGAAGGAGGGCCACCGCGUGACCACCGUCGAUGGCGUCAAGCGGGGGGACAAGGAGGACCCGGCGGCCAGCGAGGUGGGCUGGAUGACCUCGGUCAAAGACUGGGCCGGGGUCAUGAUCUCCGCGCAGACGCUCACCGGCAGAGUUCUGGUGGUGCUCGUCUUUGCCCUCAGCAUCGGUGCCCUUGUAAUAUACUUCAUCGAUUCCUCCGAUGCUAUUGAGUCCUGCCACUACUUCUACGAGGACUACACGCUGCAGAUCGACAUGGCGUUCAACGUGUUCUUCCUGCUCUACUUUGGCCUGCGCUUCAUCGCUGCCAACGACAAGCUGUGGUUCUGGCUGGAGGUCAAUUCCGUGGUGGACUUCUUCACCGUGCCUCCCGUCUUUGUGUCCGUCUACCUGAACAGAAGUUGGUUAGGCUUGAGGUUCUUAAGGGCCUUAAGACUCAUACAGUUCUCAGAAAUUUUACAGUUUUUGAAUAUAUUGAAAACGAGUAACUCGAUAAAGUUGGUGAACCUGUGCUCAAUCUUCAUAAGCACAUGGCUUACAGCAGCCGGAUUCAUCCAUUUGGUGGAAAACUCCGGAGACCCAUGGGAGGACUUUCAGAACUCCCAGGCUCUCUCCUACUGGGAGUGUGUGUACCUGCUCAUGGUCACCAUGUCCACUGUGGGCUAUGGAGACGUUUAUGCAAAGACCACACUGGGUCGUCUUUUCAUGGUCUUCUUCAUCCUUGGUGGUUUGGCCAUGUUUGCGAGCUACGUCCCUGAAAUCAUAGAGUUAAUAGGCAACCGCAAGAAAUAUGGCGGUUCCUAUAGUGCGGUUAAUGGGAGAAAGCACAUAGUGGUCUGCGGUCACAUCACACUGGAGAGUGUGUCCAACUUUCUCAAAGACUUCCUACACAAGGACAGGGAUGAUGUCAAUGUAGAAAUUGUUUUUCUUCAUAAUAUUUCCCCUAAUCUUGAGCUGGAAGCCUUGUUUAAGCGCCACUUCACCCAAGUGGAGUUCUACCAAGGGUCUGUCCUCAACCCCCACGACCUGGCCAGAGUCAAGAUUGAGUCGGCGGACGCUUGUUUGAUUCUAGCCAAUAAAUACUGCGCAGACCCCGAUGCAGAGGAUGCCUCCAAUAUCAUGAGGGUGAUUUCUAUAAAGAACUACCAUCCCAAGAUCAGGAUUAUCACCCAGAUGUUGCAGUACCACAACAAGGCCCACCUGUUGAACAUUCCAAGUUGGAACUGGAAGGAAGGGGAUGACGCCAUCUGCCUGGCGGAGCUGAAGCUUGGCUUCAUCGCCCAAAGCUGCCUGGCCCAGGGCCUGUCCACCAUGCUGGCCAACCUGUUCUCCAUGAGGUCCUUCAUCAAGAUCGAGGAGGAUACUUGGCAGAAAUAUUACCUGGAGGGCGUUGCCAAUGAGAUGUAUACAGAGUAUCUAUCCAGUGCCUUUGUGGGCUUAUCCUUUCCAGUCAUCUGCGAACUGUGCUACGUCAAACUCAAGCUGUUACUCAUAGCUAUUGAGUACAAAUCUGAUCAGAGGGAAAGCAGCACGCUCAUAAACCCUGGUAACCAUGUCAAGAUGGAAGAAGGGACCCUGGGCUUCUUCAUUGCCAGCGAUGCCAAAGAAGUGAAGAGGGCGCUGUUUUACUGCAAAGCUUGCCACGAUGACAUCACAGAUCCCAAAAGGAUCAAGAAGUGUGGAUGCAAGAAAUCCAAGAGGUCGUCGACCUACCAGAGAAUGAAGCUGGCAUGUUGUUUUGAUUGCGGCAGCGCGGACCGCGACUGCUCUUGCAUGCCAGUCUAUGUGCAUUGUAACACGGACGCGCCUCAACGCGACAUUCCACUUUCCGUCGUCUCUGUUAGUGACUGCUCGACCACGUUGCGUGCCUCUAAGAAUAGCUAUAACGGAUAUAUCAAAUCAAUCGAAGAGGAACAGACGCUGUCGCCCAAAAAGAAGCAGCGCAACGGGGGUGUGAGGAGCUCGCCCAACUGCUCCCCGAAGAUCAUGAGGCACGACCCGUUGAUCAUCCCGGCAGGCGAUCAGAUCGAGAGCAUGGACAUGAACGUGAAGAAGUAUGACUCCACCGGCAUGUUCCACUGGUGCCCGUCCAAAGAGAUCGAGAAGGUUCUCCUGACGCGGAGCGAGGCGGCCAUGACGGUGCUAAGCGGCCACGUGGUGGUGUGCAUCUUCGGGGACGCCAAGUCGGCGCUGGUGGGCCUACGGAACCUGGUGAUGCCGCUGCGGGCCAGCAACUUCCACUACCACGAGCUGAAGCACAUCGUGUUCGUGGGCUCCCUGGAGUACCUGAAGAGGGAGUGGGAGACCCUGCACAACUUCCCCAAGGUCUCCAUCCUAUCAGGCACGCCGCUGAGCCGCGCCGACCUCAGGGCUGUCAACAUCAACCUGUGCGACAUGUGCGUGAUCCUGUCGGCCAAUCAGAACAACAUCGACGACGCCUCGCUGCAGGACAAGGAGUGCAUCCUGGCGUCGCUCAACAUCAAGUCCAUGCAUUUUGACGACAGCAUCGGACUCCUGCAGGCUAAUUCCCAAGGUUUCACACCGCCAGGGAUGGACAGAUCUUCAGCGGAGAACAGCCCCGUCCACGGAAUAGUCCGGCAGAUCUCCAUCUCGACCGGAGCCAACAUCCCCAUCAUAACGGUUACCCAGCAUGCAUCGCUCCUGGGGCAUGGUGCGAGCGAGGAGAAGGAGGAGAGCAAAGUGGAUAAAGAGUGUGAGAGGUAG